CUUAACGGCUGCCAUCGUAUACCGAGUGAGUAACAGGACAGAUCAAAAAGCGUGGUGGUUACAUUUGUCAAGUAAUACUCACAAUUGUGAGUACAGUCUAUCAGAAAGUUAAAUGGUUUCCAAUAAUGAGAAAAAGGAUGUAUAUGUUACAGAACCGGUUACAGAAACACAGGAAAAUGUAUUUCAGAGGCCCUGUGAACGAAGGCGUAAUGAUGAAGACAUCGAUAUCCUGAACAAAAUGAUUACAAGCGUAAAACUGGAAGACUCAGACAACUAUGAUUUCAAUAAUAGUUUUGAUGGAGGUAAAAUCACUAAAAAUGGAACAUUUAGGCCUACGAAAAAUAAUAUUCAAGAUGACAGCGAAUUAGCUCGUUUUCAAGCAAAGAAAUGGAGCCGAUAUCGGCAGUCUCUUCAAGGUUUUAAACCGUACAGAAAACCGUCUGCAACUCCGGCUAGAAAUCCUAUUGAUGACGCUGGACUUCUGUCCAUCAUAUACGUCACGUGGUUAACUAGUCUGUUCAAAAAGGCCAUCCGUGUGCCUCUUCAGAUUGCCGAUUUAUUUCCUUGUUCAUCGUUUGACUCUGCGAAGGUGAAUUCAUCAAGACUUGAACGACUAUGGGAAGAAGAACUUUACCUCAAAGGACCCAAAAACGCGUCAUUUUUACGCACUGCGUUACGAUUUUUGAGAACUCGUUUUAUUCUAGGACUUACGUUAGUUGGUUUGUGUUUUUGUAUGGGAAUGAUGAAUGCAAUAAUUAACAUUUGUACCAACGAUAGCAUGCGUUUUUAUGACAUCGCUUUAUUUCUAAGUUAUCCUAUCAUUGGGCCGUUUGUUACCAUAUUUGGCAUUGCGUACGUAGUUAAUAUUAUUGGACCAGCAGCUCUCGUUGGAACCUCACUCAUGCUUAUAUUUUUCAUGUAUCAGAUUUGUACUGCUCGAAUUGUUACCAAGCUGAGAAGAAAUUGUCUUCGAACCACCGACAAACGAGUGCGCAUGAUAAACGAGUUGAUAAUUUGCAUUAAACUGAUAAAAAUGUAUGCUUGGGAAAUACCAUUUUCAAACGUCAUAUCAGAAAUACGAAAAGAGGAAAAGAGCGAGCUGCAGAAAGCAGGGUUUCUCACAAGUUUUAAUUCGUCUUCGUCGCCUCUAAUUUGCGCACUCGCUUCCAUAACGACGUUUAGUGUGCACAUUGCCCUUGGUAACAGCCUAACGGCCGCGCAGGCAUUUACUUACAUUGCUGUAAUCAAUUCAAUGCGAGUAUUGUACCUUCAGACACCGAAUGCUGUUCGAUGCAUGGCGGACUGUGCAGUAGCAGCCCAAAGGAUGAAGCAACUUCUCUUGAUUCCUGAUGCACAAGUAAAAACACCCAAACCUAGUAACCAUGAACAUUCUAUUGAAAUUGUUAAUGGAACUUUCGGAUGGAACUCGACACCAAAUGAAAAGCGACCAGCUUCAGAAUCAGACGUCAACCCUUCUGAAGAAAAUACGUUAAUAAAUUCGGAUGACGUCAUCGAUGUUAUAUUUGAUAUAAAUUUGAACGUCAAGAAGGGAGAACUGAUUGGAGUUUGUGGAUCUGUUGGAAGUGGAAAGACUUCCCUGUUGUCGGCUCUACUAUGCCAAAUGGAACAAUCAAAUGGUUCCAUAGCAACCGACGGCUCAUUUGCAUAUGCUGCUCAAGAACCAAUGAUUCUUAAUGAAACCCUGAAAGAAAACAUUCUGUUUGGAAAUGAAUUACAUAAACAAAAAUACGAUUCUGCAUUGUUUAGUUGCUGUCUACAACAGGACAUUGAUAUACUUCCAUGUGGUGAUGAAACAGAGAUUGGAGAGAGAGGAAUAAAUUUAAGUGGAGGGCAGAAACAGCGAGUAAGUUUAGCGAGGGCGCUAUAUGCUGAAAAGGAUAUUUAUCUGCUCGAUGAUCCAUUGAGUGCUGUCGAUGUCCAUGUUGGCCAGCACAUCUUUACGAAUGCUAUAAAAGAAGCACUGAAGGACAAAACUGUACUAUUUGUCACGCAUCAACUGCAGUAUCUUAAACAAUGUGAUAAGGUUCUCAUGUUAAAAGGUGGAGCGAUUGUUGAGGCUGGACCAUUCCAAGAGCUUUUAGCCGCGGACAAAGAGUUUUCUAAACUCAUCAAUAAGUACUAUAAUGACCUCAGUGAAAGUGAAUCUGAUUUCGAAACGGCAAAAAAUAGUGAGGCGGGAAAGCACACCAGUAGCCUGGACAGGUGUAUCUCUACUUCAACUCUUACACCUGCACUUUCAGCAGAUUGCUUGUCAAUAGAAAGCACGUGUGGAGUUCUCACCAAUAACGAAAUAAACGAAGCUGGUUCAGUCAAGAUGGAAACUUACAUUGCAUACAUCAAAGCGGCUGGUGGAUACACUAUUUGUCUUCUUACAGUUUUCUCGUUCGUCCUGAUGGUCGGAACUAUAACAUUUAGUCAGUGGUGGCUGUCAAAAUGGUUAGAACAAGGUGGAGGUGGCUCAUCAAUUAUCAUCGGUAACAUUAGUGUUCCAAGCGACGACAUCAGGGACAAUCCGCAAUUAGCAUUUUACCAACAAACAUACAUCUUAACAGCAGUGGCAGUGUUACUUUUCAGUAUCCUAAAGAGUUUUAUAUACAUUCGUACAACACUUGUGGCUUCUUCCUCUCUGCACGACUCCGUUUUGCGCAAAGUUUUCAAUUCACCAAUGAUAUUUUUUGACACUACCCCUUCAGGUCAAAUCAUGAAUCGCUUUUCCCAAGAUUUAGAUGAAGUAGAUGUACAGUUACCGAUUACAAUGGAAAUGUUUUUUCUUUACCUGUUUGGUGUUCUGUUCGCUUUGAUUGUGAUUUCGGUCGUGUUUCCAAUGAAUCUAAUUGGUUUGGCCAUAUCAUUUGUUUUGUUUGCAAUGUUGGGUCGAUUAUUUAAAAGGUGUCUCAGUGAUCUCAAACGUUUGGAUAAUAUCAGCAGAGCGCCUUACUUAUCACACCUCACGGCAACCAUUCAAGGGGUGCAGACAGUGAGAGCGUACGCUAAGGAGAACCAUUUUAACAACAGAUUCGAGGAGAUGGUAGACACCAAUUCCGUACCUCUGCUAUUAUUUGUACUAAGUAAUCGAUGGUUAGCCGUACGCUUUGAUCUUUUUGUAAUGUUUAUGUCAGUGAGUGUUGGCGCCUUCGCCGUCAUAACUCAUGGACAAGUGUCAUCAGCUAUGGUGGGCCUAGCUAUCACAUUCUCAGCAUAUCUUUUAGGAUCUUUCCAAUAUACUAUUCGAUUGUGUAUUGAGUCUGAAGCCAGAUUUACGUCAGCAGAGCGCUUGAUAAAUUAUAUGAAGAACUUAGAAAGUGAAGGACAAAUUACAAAAUGUUCACAGAUUAAGCUGGACGCAAGUUGGCCUGCUGGGGGAGAAAUCGUCUUUAAAGAUGUCAAGAUGCGUUAUCGAGAUAAUCUACCAUUGGUUCUAAACGGUAUUACGCUUCACAUCAAAUCAAAUGAAAAGAUUGGUAUUGUGGGUAGGACCGGAUCAGGUAAAUCAUCACUAGGUGUUUGCAUAUACCGUCUGGUUGAAUUGAGUUCUGGCUUUAUAACCAUCGACGGUAUUGAUAUUAGUACGCUUGAUCUACAGUUCCUUAGAUCAAAACUUGCGAUUAUUCCACAGGAUCCUGUUCUCUUUGUAGGGACAAUAAGGUACAAUCUCGAUCCUUUCAAUCAGUUCAAAGAUGAUGAAAUCUGGAAUGCUCUCGAAAAAACAUACAUGAAAAAUACCAUUAGUGCCCUGGAGUCACAGCUAAUGGCAGAGGUCACUGAAGGUGGCGAAAAUUUUUCUUUAGGAGAACGUCAACUUAUUUGCAUGGCAAGAGCCCUUUUAAGGAACAGUAAAGUAUGAAAACAUCUAAGGUCCAUUAUUUUCAUAGUUUUCACAAGAGUAAAAAACAUACUCUUUUUGCUGAUCCCCAGUGGAAGAGUACAUGAUAAAAUGAUGAUUUUUUUUCCACUAUUUAGCAGUACCACAGAUCCUAUAUACUGUGGCAGUACAAUGCUUACACUAAUAGUGUGCAGGACAUGAUGAGGGAUUUAUAUAGCACAGCUCUCUAUAGGCCUACUCUUUUCAAAAUAAAUUUGCUGAUUUUGUUCAUAUUGUCGAAUUGAAUUAAGUGCCUUAAAUUUUCAUUCAGUUGUGUGUGCUUUUUAAAAUUUACCUUCUUUUCUUAUCUUUUUGAUAUUCUGUCCUAUUACAACAUACUGUAGGGCCUAUUAAAAACUUACUGACCAUAUCACGCAAUUUUUUUCUUAUUCUAAAAAGUCUAUAAUACAGUCUCAGUUAUACUGUUCAUUUUUGUAGGCUUAUUCAUUAUAAUAUGUUUGCAAUGUUUGGUUCGCUAAAUUUGUAAACUAUUCUUAUUUUAUAUAAUACCUGUGAGCUUA